AUGUGGGUGAAAUGUGCGUUGGCAUUGGUGUUAUGCGCCACAGUUUAUGGACAAGCUCACUUGAAAUAUACAAAGGAGAUGAAUGAUCCAGAAUAUGUUCAAGAACAUGUUCACACUCAAGGACACGGACAUUCUCACGGUGGGCACGGACACGCACACGACGCUGACGGUGGUUGCCCACACGCAAAAGCUGCAGCUGCUGCAGCUGCUGCUCAAGCUCAAGCUCACGGACAUUCUCACGAUGAAGCUGAACACGGGCAUGCUCACAAUCACGGACAUUCUCACGAAGAAGCUGAACACGGGCAUUCUCACGGUGGUCACGGGCACGCACACGACGCUGACGGUGGUUGCCCACACGCUAAAGCUGCUGCCAAGGCUGCUGCUCAAGCUCAAGCUCACGGACAUUCACAUGCUUCCAAACAAACUGCUGAGGAAUAUCAAUUCACUGGGUGAGUAUAUUUUAUUAUUUCAGCCACCUAACUUUAUAAUUUUUCAGAGCUCUCUCAUUUUUGAACGAUCCAAAGACACGUCUCUGGGCUUACGCUAUCUCAUCAACACUUUUGAUCUCUGCCGCCCCAUGCUUCAUCCUUUUCUUCAUUCCAAUUCAAGCCAACACCUCCGAAUCUGGUCCACUUCUCAAAGUUCUUCUCGCUUUUGGUUCUGGCGGACUUCUCGGAGACGCUUUUCUUCAUUUGAUUCCACACGCUACACCAGCUGGAGAUAAUCACGGCCAUUCGCAUAGUCACGGACAUUCUCACGGGGGAGCUGGUGGGCAUUCACACGGACCACAUGAUAUGAGUGUUGGUGGAUGGGUUCUCGGAGGUGAGCACUGUUUUUUUUCCAAAUGAAAAAACAUUAUUUGAAAUUUUUCAGGUAUCAUCGCAUUCUUGACUGUUGAAAAAUUGGUUAGAAUUCUUCGCGGAGGAGAAGGUCAUUCUCACGGGCAUUCACAUGGUGGAAAGAAGGAAGAGAAAAAGAGUGAUGAUAAGAAAAAGGUCGAGAAGAAAUGCGAAGAGAACAUCAAAGUUACCGCUUACUUGAACUUGGCUGCUGAUUUUGCCCACAAUUUUACCGAUGGUUUGGCCAUUGGUGCAUCUUUUAUUGCUGGAACUACUGUUGGAAUUGGUAAGAUAUUUUUUUUGUCAUAAUUGAGAAUCAGAAUUAUUGAUUGAAACUUCUUUGGAACUUUUUCAAAUGACCAUAUACCAAAAUCUUUCAAUAGCCCCAAACAAUUCAACAAUUUCCAGUUACCAUGGUCACUGUCUUGGUUCACGAAGUCCCACACGAGAUCGGAGAUUUUGCCAUUCUCAUCCAAUCUGGUUACUCAAAGAAGAAAGCGAUGCUCAUUCAACUCGUCACAGCUCUCGGAGCACUUUCUGGAUGCGUAAUUUCUCUUCUUGCUGCCGAUGCCGAUGCUCUCGCUGACGCUGCUGCUAGUUCCUGGGUUCUCCCAUUCACUGCUGGUGGUUUUAUUUACAUCGCCACCGUUUCUGUGAUUCCAGAACUCUUGGAAAAUAGCUCUCUAGUCCAAACUAUCAAAGAAAUUUUCGCACUUUUGACUGGUAUCUUCUUGAUGUAUUUGAUUGCGAUGUAUGAAUAA